AUGACACCCAAACUGUCCAGGAGACCCUGGCUCCCAGCCGUCGCCCUCUUCUCCUUCUUCAGCACGCUCGCGACGGCAUUGAGCGGCCAGGAGCCGCUGGGUACUCUGGAAGAACAACGCGGAUACAACCCCGGCGAGCCAAUUCCCGUCAGCUGUCUAAAUCGCACCAUAGAAACAGGUGAACAUAUCACAGACGCAGCCGGCCACCUCCAAUACAUCCCCUUCCCCGUCUGCAACGAAACCGGCCGCCCCCUCGAACUCUUCUUCGGCAUCGAAAAAGACGUAAACUGCACCAUAGACUUUGUAACGGACGAAUUCUUCCACCUCCUCGAAUUCUACAUCCACAACGACGCCCCCCUCUCCUGCCGCAUCCCCUCGAAACCCCUCCCCCCCUCGGUCCUCGCAACCCAAUACAUCGUCUCCGACUCGGCAACCCAAGAAGGCGCACUAGGCUCCCAAUCCUCAUCCUACACCCCGCUCGUCGUCGCACUAGCAGGCACACUCCAACUCUCACACUUGCACGUAGGAAACUAUCUAAACUUGCUCGUCCAUGCCGCACCGAAACAAAGCAGCCCCGGCACAAUCGAUGCGGCAACGGCGUAUAGCGUGAGUAGCCAUACCAGAAACACAAAGAUUACGAUUGGGGAUAGUUUGCCCUUGGUGUUUGCCGUGAGGUGGUAUCCGAGUACCACGUUGCCACCGGGUUGGAGUGGGUAUGGAGGUCACAUUUAUACGAGUACGUUGGUGUAUUGUUUCCUGAGCGCCGUGGCGAGUGCGGCGGUUUGUGUGGUUUAUUUUAGGGGCGUCGAGUUGCCGAGGAGGCUCAAGAGGUAUGCGACGGAUAGGAUGAAUGGGGGUGCAAGGGGUUUUGGCAAUGGAGGGAGUGGGUAUGGAUUGCCUGUUGCGAAUGCGAGGGAUGGGGCUCCAGGCAUGGGCAGUGGUUAUGGCUUGGGAGGAUAUGGGUACAGAGGUGGAAAGAGAGCCGACUAA